AUGGAGCGCCGCACACUCCUCGCCCAGCCCAGGCUGAGGACCAGGGACGCCGGCUGGACGCUUCUCUAUUUCCUCGGCUCCGUCCUCCCCCAGACCGCCCCGCAAGUACUCCGGAUCGGAGGGAUUUUUGAAACUGUGGAAAAUGAACCCGUUAACGUUGAAGAAUUAGCGUUCAAGUUUGCAGUCACCAGCAUUAACAGAAAUCGAACCCUGAUGCCUAACACCACAUUAACCUACGAUAUCCAGAAAAUUAACCUUUUUGAUAGUUUCGAAGCCUCACGGAGAGCGUGUGACCAGCUGGCUCUUGGUGUGGCUGCUCUCUUUGGCCCUUCCCAUAGCUCCUCCGUCAGUGCUGUGCAGUCUAUCUGCAACGCUCUCGAGGUUCCGCACAUACAGACUCGCUGGAAACACCCCUCCGUCGACAACAGAGACCUGUUUUACAUCAACCUCUACCCCGAUUAUGCGGCGAUCAGCAGGGCGGUCUUGGAUCUGGUCCUCUACUACAACUGGAAGACGGUGACCGUGGUGUAUGAAGAUAGCACAGGUCUCAUUCGCCUGCAAGAGCUCAUCAAAGCUCCCUCCAGAUAUAAUAUUAAAAUCAAAAUCCGCCAGCUGCCCUCUGGGAAUAAAGAUGCUAAGCCGUUACUCAAGGAAAUGAAGAAAGGCAAGGAGUUCUACGUGAUAUUUGAUUGCUCACAUGAAACAGCCGCUGAGAUCCUUAAGCAGAUCCUGUUCAUGGGCAUGAUGACUGAAUACUAUCAUUACUUUUUCACAACCCUGGACUUGUUUGCUUUAGAUCUGGAACUCUAUAGGUACAGUGGUGUAAACAUGACUGGGUUUCGGCUGCUAAAUAUUGACAACCCUCACGUGUCUGCCAUCAUCGAGAAGUGGUCCAUGGAGAGAUUGCAGGCCCCACCCAGGCCUGAGACUGGCCUUUUGGAUGGCAUGAUGACAACUGAAGCUGCUCUGAUGUAUGACGCUGUCUACACGGUGGCCAUUGCCUCCCACCGGGCUUCCCAGCUGGCCGUCAGCUCCCUGCAGUGCCACCGACACAAGCCGUGGCGCCUUGGGCCCAGAUUCAUGAAUCUGAUCAAAGAGGCUCAGUGGGAUGGCUUGACUGGGCGUAUCACUUUCAAUAAAACCGAUGGCUUGAGGAAGGAUUUUGAUCUGGACAUUAUUAGUCUCAAAGAGGAAGGAACUGAAAAGGCUGCUGGCGAAGUGUCUAAACACUUAUAUAAAGUGUGGAAGAAGAUUGGGAUUUGGAACUCCAACAGUGGGCUUAACAUGACGGAUGGCAACAAAGACAGGUCCAAUAACAUCACCGACUCUCUUGCGAACCGAACGCUCAUCGUCACCACCAUUCUGGAAGAACCCUAUGUGAUGUACAGGAAAUCUGAUAAGCCCCUGUAUGGAAAUGACAGAUUUGAAGGAUAUUGCCUGGAUCUGUUGAAGGAAUUGUCAAACAUCCUGGGUUUCAUUUACGAUGUUAAACUCGUCGCUGACGGCAAAUAUGGAGCUCAGAAUGACAAGGGAGAGUGGAACGGAAUGGUCAAGGAGCUUAUAGAUCAUAAGGCUGACCUGGCAGUGGCUCCUCUUACCAUCACCUACGUGCGGGAAAAAGUCAUCGACUUUUCCAAACCCUUCAUGACCCUGGGCAUCAGCAUUCUCUACCGGAAGCCCAAUGGCACUAAUCCAGGGGUCUUCUCCUUCCUUAACCCCCUGUCCCCUGACAUUUGGAUGUAUGUCCUCUUAGCCUGCUUAGGAGUCAGCUGUGUACUUUUUGUGAUCGCAAGGUUUACACCCUACGAGUGGUAUAACCCCCACCCAUGCAACCCUGACUCAGACGUGGUGGAAAACAAUUUUACUUUACUAAAUAGUUUCUGGUUUGGAGUUGGAGCUCUCAUGCAACAAGGAUCAGAGUUGAUGCCCAAAGCUCUCUCGACCAGAAUAGUUGGAGGGAUAUGGUGGUUUUUCACCCUAAUCAUCAUUUCAUCCUACACUGCCAAUCUGGCCGCCUUCUUGACAGUAGAGCGAAUGGAAUCCCCCAUUGACUCAGCGGAUGAUUUGGCAAAACAAACCAAGAUAGAAUAUGGGGCUGUCAGAGAUGGAUCAACAAUGACCUUCUUCAAGAAAUCGAAGAUAUCCACCUAUGAGAAGAUGUGGGCUUUCAUGAGUAGCAGGCAGCAGACUGCCCUGGUCAAAAACAGUGAUGAGGGGAUCCAUCGAGUGCUCACCACUGAUUAUGCCCUGCUGAUGGAGUCCACCAGCAUUGAGUAUGUGACGCAGAGAAACUGCAACCUCACCCAGAUCGGGGGCCUCAUUGACUCCAAAGGUUAUGGAGUGGGAACGCCUAUUGGCUCUCCUUACCGGGAUAAAAUUACUAUUGCUAUUCUUCAAUUACAAGAAGAGGGGAAACUGCAUAUGAUGAAAGAAAAAUGGUGGAGGGGAAAUGGCUGUCCAGAAGAAGACAACAAAGAGGCCAGUGCCCUGGGAGUAGAAAAUAUUGGGGGCAUCUUCAUCGUUCUGGCUGCUGGAUUGGUCCUUUCUGUAUUUGUAGCCAUUGGAGAAUUUAUAUACAAAUCCCGAAAAAACAGCGACAUUGAACAGAAAGGAAAGUCAUCAAGAAUUAGAUUUUAUUUUAGGAACAAAGUAAGGUUUCAUGGGAGAAAAAAACAAAGCCUUGGUGUAGAGAAGUGUCUCUCUUUCAAUGCCAUCAUGGAAGAACUGGGAAUCUCACUCAAAAAUCAGAAAAAGUUAAAGAAAAAGUCAAGAACUAAGGGGAAAUCAUCCUUCACAAGUAUCCUUACUUGUCAUCAAAGACGAACUCAGAGAAAAGAAACGAUGGCGUGA